GGGCGACUCCGCCUCAUCCGCCUCGCACGCCUCGGCCCCUUGAGCAGCAACAGCAGCACCACCUCGUACACCAACCUCCUCCUCCUCAUGAGGGCAUAAUUCGCACAACCACCACAGCAACAACAACAGCAGCAGCAGAGAGAGACGAGGCGAUCGACAAUGUCCGCGCUUCGUCUGCUGCAAACCGUGGGGCGGCCUUGGGGCCCCGCAGCUCUCCGGCCUGGCCGAGGCCUCGGUCUUGCCUGGCGCCGCCUGCCCAGGAGCAAGGCCACUUCGGCGGCGGCGGCGGGGGGGAACGGCGCGCUGUACCGGGACACCGUGUCGCUGCCCCGCACCGACUUCCCCAUGAAGCUGGCGGGGCAGGCGCUGCUCAACAAAGAGAUGGAGAUGCAGGAGGUGUGCAACUUCUCGGGACUGUACGAAUGGCAGAAGGAGAGGAAAGUCAAGAAGGAAUUCUGUCUGCACGACGGCCCCCCCUACGCUAACGGGGACCCGCAUGUGGGCCACGUCCUCAACAAGGUCCUCAAGGACAUCACGAAUCGGUACUAUGUAAUGAGAGGCUACAAGGUACACUUUGUGCCCGGCUGGGACUGCCAUGGCCUGCCCAUCGAACUCAAGGCCCUGACAGAGAGCGAGGUCAACGACAAAACUCUCUCGCCUCUUGACAUUCGGAAAAAGGCUCGCGAGUUUGCUGAGAAAGCGAUUGAGAAGCAGCGAGCAUCUUUCAUCCGUUGGGGCAUUAUGGCCAAUUGGAAGGACGAUUGCUACUACACGUUCAGCAAGGAGUACGAGGCCGAACAGCUGAAGGUCUUCUACAGCAUGCAUGAAAAGGGUUUCAUAUAUCAAGAUUACAAGCCAGUGUUUUGGUCUCCAUCAACAAGGACGGCGCUCGCUGAGGCUGAGUUGGAGUACAACCCAGCGCACACCAGCAAGGCUGUCCACGUCAAGUUUCCCCUUGCUCAAGUGCCGCCCAAGCUUGCGUCUCUCUUAGGCCCCGAUGCCACAGUGAGCCUGGUGAUAUGGACAACCCAGCCCUGGACCCUGCCGGCUAACGAGGCCGUCUGCUUUAUGCCCAACUCGAAGUACAGUGUGGUGAAGUGCGGCCAGACGGGGGAGCUGCUGCUGUUGGCUGCAGACAGAGUGGAGAGCUUGGCCACGGCCCUCCGCACCACACUGGAAACGUUGCACACCUUCGCUGGGUCCGACUUGCAGGGCGGCACCUGCUCCCACCCCACCAUCGCCGGCAAGAUAGCGCCGCUGCUGCCAGCCGCGCACGUCACCAUGCUGAUGGGCACGGGGCUGGUGCACACGGCGCCCGCACAUGGCGCCGAUGACUUCAGCGUGGCCGUCGCACACAAGCUGCCCGUGAGGAGCCUGGUGGACGAGGAGGGACUCUUCACAGCAGAGGCUGGGGAGGAGCUACAGGGCAAGGCCGUGCUGGAGGAGGGCAAUGAGGCCGUGGUGGCGCAGCUGCGAGCGGCGGGCUGCCUGCUGCACGAGGCCGCCUGCGUGCACAGCUACCCCUACGACUGGCGCAGCCACCAGCCUGUGCUGGUGCGCGCCAGCAGCCAGUGGUUCAUCAACACUGACACGCUGCGGGAUCGCGCCCAGGCACUGCUGAAGAAGGUGAAGGUGGUGCCGAGCGCGUCCAGCGGGGGCGUGCAGGCCGCUCUCGAUCGCCGCUCCUUCUGGUGCAUCUCCCGCCAACGCUGCUGGGGCGUCCCCAUCCCAGUCUUCUACAACCGCCAGACGCGGGAGCCGCUCAUCAACAAGCACACGGUGGAGCACGUGUGCGCGCUCGUGGAGGAGCACGGCAGCGACUGCUGGUGGAGCCUGCCCCUCGAGGAGCUGCUGCCCAAGUCCGUCCGGGAGAAGAGCGGAGUGAAGGGCGACGUCGAAUUCGUCAGGGGCGAUGACAUCAUGGACAUUUGGUUCGACAGCGGCACCUCCUGGGCCUCGGUCCUCGAAGACGUGGACCAGCGGGCGGACCUGUACCUCGAAGGCAAGGACCAGCUCGGCGGCUGGUUCUACUCCUCGCUGCUGACCAGCGUGGCCGUCAAGAAGAAGGCUCCCUACAAGGCUCUGCUCGUGCACGGUUUCGCCGUCGGCGAGAGCGGCAAGAAGAUGUCCAAGUCCCUGGGCAACGUCGUGGACCCCGACGUGGUCAUCAACGGCGGCAAGGACCUGGCGACGGAGCCCCCGUACGGAGUAGACGUCCUGCGCUGGUGGGUGGCCGAGUCCAACGUAUUUGCGGAGGUGGCCAUCGGCCCCAAGAUCCUCAGCGCUGCCCAGGAGAGCAUCGCCAAGAUCCGCAACACGGUGCGCUUCAUGCUGGGGAAUCUUCACGACUUCGACACGGAGGAGCACGCCGUGCAGGCCAAGGACAUGCUGCUGCUCGACCAGUUCGUGUUGCACCGCCUCGAGGAUUUCUCCACCAAGGUGACGGAGGCCUAUGAAUUGUACGACUACAGUCGAGCGACGCGAAUCAUCAUGGCCUUCCUCAUCAACGACCUCUCCAGCUUCUACUUCAGCAUCAUCAAGGACAGGCUUUACUGCGAGGAGAAGCAGGGGCACAAGCGGCGGUCUUGUCAGACGGUGAUGCACACGGCCCUGGAAGCCGUCAAUCGGGCCCUGGCGCCUAUCCUGCCUCACCUCGCUGAGGAAAUCUUCCAGCAGCGGCACAAGGGGAAGGAUGAAGACGCAGACGUGGAGAGCGUGUUCCGCUCGGGCUGGGUGGAGGCGAGCGCCGGGUGGAGGAAGCCCGGCGUCGUGGAGGCCAUGGAGAUGGCCUGCAAGAUCCGCGACACCUUCCUGGGCUCCGUCGCGGGGAACAACGCCGCCGAGUACGACACCAUCAUCGCCGUGGAGCCGGGCCUCCUGUUUGAGCUCCUCGAGUUGCUACAGACGGAGGAGGUUUCAAGCACCUCGCAACUCAGCGAGCUCAUGAUGUCAUCACGGACGACGCUGGUCACCAGCCUGCUGGGAUCGCUGCCCCUCGGAGCGACGGAGCUCCAGGGAGUUUGCCACAUCGACCUCCCAGAAGUCGGCAUCAGCGAGCACCAGUCCUUCAAGCUCGCGGUGCUGCCGGCGAGCGGUGUCAAGUGCCCGCGCUGCCGCAAGUUCACGUCGACCUCCGAGGACAGCCCCUGCAACCGCUGCACCAAGGUUCUGCAGGAGUUGAAGGCCGUCUGAGGGCUGCCGUCGCCACCCUCACUUGCCCCGUCCAUCCCUCUCCCCGCGCGCCUGCCAUCGACGUCAUAGCCCAGGUCGCACCUCCCGCGUCCGCCGCGGAGGCAACGUCGGCUUCGUGGGACAAAAUCUCCGUUGAGGGACGCUGCCUCGAGUUAAUUUUAACUUGCUCAAAACCGGCCACCAUCUGGGUGGGGGGGGGGGGAAUGGGGGACACCGCUACAGAGGCACGCGAUAGUGGCCGCUCCCGUGGUGGAACUGCUAGUGGGCGGAGUUUCCUCAACUGCAGUCGCGCGCGCUCACCGAUGCCCCGCAUCACCAAGCACUUGAGGACGUGGAGCCAGAUUAGCAUGCCCAGUCCUGCAAACGCCAAUUUGAAACUUUCAUGGACUGGAUUGGAGAUUUCCCUCAUGGCUUGGCGGCCCUCCAGCUGUAUCACUACAUGCUCCGUCUGGCAGUGGUUUGUUUCGAAUGCAACACACUGCAUGUACCAAAGCUAUUACUGUAAAGGUAAGUGGUAUGGAUUGCUGAGAGGUUCGUUAACGUUGGCUUGCAAGGUAAUGUAACCAUUGUAUAUACUUCACUGUGGAUUUUCGGUUUCAGUUAAGUGUGAUGUGUUCUGCUCUAUUUGUUAACACCUGUUCACCUUGUUGGGUCAACACGUGCCCUAAAUGGAAUGUGCAAAGAGCUGAGCAAUAAAAUAUUACGAGAAUGAAAUUAAAAGCCGUUUUAU